AGGAGGAGGAGGAGGAGGAGGGCGGCGCCUCGGAGACUCGGGGCGAAGCGGCGUCGGCGCGGGACGCGGAGCCUCUUGCACUUUUUCUUCCCUCCCCGCUGCCCCCUCCCGUCCCUCCCGCUCCACACACCCUGUCUGCCCGUGAGCCUGGGGAACUUGCAGCUUAAAGCCAGCCACCCCCACGGCAGCAUGUACCCCAGCAACAAGAAGAAAAAGGUGUGGAGAGAGGAGAAAGAACGUUUACUGAAGAUGACCUUAGAGGAGAGACGCAAAGAAUACAUAAGGGACUAUGUUCCUCUGAACACCAUUCUGUCGUGGAAGGAGGAGGUGAAGAGCAAGAGCCAAAAUGAUGAAGAAAACACUCAGGAAACAUCACAAGUGAAGAAAAGCUUGAGUGAAAAAGUUUCUCUCUAUAGAGGUGACAUCACGUUGCUAGAGGUAGAUGCGAUAGUCAAUGCGGCAAAUGCCAGUCUUCUUGGAGGAGGUGGUGUGGAUGGCUGUAUUCACAGAGCAGCGGGCCCCUGUUUGCUGGCCGAAUGCCGUAAUCUGAAUGGCUGUGAGACUGGACACGCGAAAAUCACAUGUGGCUAUGACCUACCUGCAAAAUAUGUCAUCCACACGGUAGGGCCAAUCGCCAGAGGCCAUAUUAAUGGCUCCCACAAGGAAGACCUUGCAAGUUGCUAUCAAUCAUCUCUGAAGCUGGUGAAAGAUAAUAACAUCAGAUCCGUUGCAUUUCCCUGCAUUUCAACCGGCAUUUAUGGUUUUCCAAACGAGCCUGCUGCGAUCAUUGCCCUUGGUACAAUUAAGGAAUGGCUGGCCAAGAAUCACCAGGAGGUGGAUCGAAUCAUAUUCUGUGUCUUCCUAGAAGUUGACUUCAAAAUCUACAAAAAGAAAAUGAGUGAGUUUUUCCCUGUAGUAGAUGAAAAUAAUGAAGAAGAUGUUGACAUGAAAGAAGAUGCAGAAGGGUUAGAGCCAAAGGGCCUCUCUCCACCCCAUAAGAAGAGCAAAGCAAAGAAACCAGAAUGUUCAAAAGACUCCAGUGAAGAUGAGAAUGGUCCAGAGGAAAAUCAAAGUGUGGAAGACAUGGAAGGGCAGAGCCAAGAAGCAGGUGGGCUCAGAUUUCUUUUGAGGACUCUCCUAGGCCUCAUCCACAGAGAUGGUGUCAAUACCACCCCUGUGUCCAGCCCAGCUUCAGACGAGGCCGUUGAAGUCUGUAAAGAUGAAGAUGCUGCAAAAGAUGAUAAUAUUACAAAAGACAAUGAAGCAAGAGACCAUUCUGCAUGUGACCAAGACCAUCCUAAUGGACAAGAGAAUUACUCAACAGAGAAUAAAAUGAAAAUGGAAACAGAGUCCCAGAGCUCAUCUAUGGAAACAGAAGAACUGUCAUCAAACCAGGAAGAUGCCACAACUGUGGAGGAGCCAGAAGUGACUGCCCUGACAGAGGACCCAGAAGAAAAGGAAGGGGGAGAAGAUCCAGGUGAGGAUGAGGACAGACCAACAGUGGCUGUGACAAGCCCAUCCAGCAACAUAGAAAACAAUGCUGCAAGUCCUGAUGUUGAAAUGAACAGUCAGGUGGACAGUGUAAAUGACACAACAGGGUCAGCAAGAAGUUUGCCAGUAGGGGCACAAGAUGAAGCCAAGGAACAGAGAAAUGAAGCUUAAUGACAGUCUUCGGCAUUACAAGGCCUGGCCCUGGGGGCUUUAGGGAGAUGACAGCUUGGGCUCGGGGAGAGGGA